UCGCCUUAAGCACAUCGAUUACUAUUCGUUACUUCGUAUACGCAAUUGAUGAGCUCAAUAAGCUAACGAUGAGUGGUGCUUUCCAUUUCCGUCUACUUACACUAGCCAGCUUUUGCUUGCUAGAACUACAGGCCGCCGUUGUGCCUAUCAAUUCCGCCUUGCCAAACGCGCAACCGCUGCAGGAUGGACGCAUUGUAGGUGGCUAUCAAGUAGAUAUCGAAAAAUUUCCGUAUCAAGUUUCCAUACGUCUCGACUCGUCUGUGCUAAUACACAUCUGUGGCGGUUCGAUUUAUGCGCCGCGCAUUAUUAUUACCGCUGCUCAUUGUCUGAAAGGGCGUUACGCUUCAACCAUACGCAUCGUGGCCGGAUCAUCCACGAUCGCUAAUUCUACAGAGGAGGGUGUGGCCGUGCAGAAGCUAAUCUACCACAGCGGCUAUGUGAAAAAGACGCAUGACAAUGAUGUGGGUCUUGUCAUUUUGAAAACAGCUUUGGUGUACUCUAGCACGAUUCAAGCCAUUCCAUUGGCACAAAGCUCUGCAUUGGUGGGCACACCAGCCAUCGCCAGCGGUUGGGGCAAGGACGAUGAGAAUGCACAGCAAUUGACCAAUUUAUUGCAGGCAGUCGAAUUGCAAAUUGUAGAUAGCGAGGAGUGUGCCGUGCAAUAUGCAGUGAACAAUUAUGUAAUCACCGAUGAGAUGAUAUGCGCAGCCGCGGAAGAAGGUGGCAAAGACACAUGCCAAGGUGAUUCUGGUGGUCCGUUGGUGGUCGAUGGAAAGUUGCUGGGUAUUGUUUCGUGGGGCAUUGGUUGUGCUCAACAUUAUCCUGGCGUGUACGUAAGUGUACCAUAUCACGUCGAAUGGAUUGUGCAGCAAGCAGCGCAAUACUUGUGAGAGUGACAGUGAAAAAUAGAAAGAGAAAAUGCAAGUGUGGCGAGGUAGUAAAAACUUGAGGAACCGGAAAAGGGUGCGUGAUUAUAAGUUUUUGUAUGAGAUGAGAAGACAGAGUGAAGGGGAUGCACCAUGCAAACAAAAGCGAAAAGAACAAAAGGCCAAUGAACAAAUAUUACAUAAUUUACAUAUUUUUUAUUAUAUUGAUAAAUGCAUGCGCUUUGAUUUUUAUUAUAACAAUUCAGGCUUACU